CCCCAUCCAAUGCUUUGGUGAUCAAUGCGGACAGCAAUGAAUGAACCGAGUGAGCAACAGUGCACAAGGCAAUUGGCCUGCGCCGCCAUAACCUCCUACAGGGAUCCCACCGCGUAGUGCGCUCCUUUGGCAUCGAGAUGCAGGUGUAGUUAGGACUAGGACCCGAAAGGUUACCUUUUGGCACUCGGCUCAGCCGACCAGCACAGCACCCUACGAUCUGUUGAAGCGUUGAUCGCGCAGGGCGAGCGGCGCCGCCCAAUGUAGGGGCGAUGUCGGACGGAUUGCUGGACUUCGCGGCGCUGAGCCACCGGACCAGCGAGGCGGGGUGGCAGGCCGACAGCUCGACGCCGCGCGAGCUCAAGGUGUUCACCUCGUGCACCACCGUGUUAGGGCCGCUGCUCGAGGGCUACCCGCCCGACUCGUACGCAAAGCACGAAGACGCGGCGAAGUCUUCGUUUAGUCUUAAGAAGCUGUUCGGCGGCAAGUCGGGCAAGUCGAAGGAGGACGACGCGAAGGCGCGCGACGCGGAGGUGCGGCUCGUCCUGCAGGCCGCCGCCACGCCGCUCGCUGCGGUGCCGAAGCAAAUAAGCCUGCCGCGACCGACGACGCCGGAACUCACGCAGUACCAACGCACCACGCGGGACGUUCUAAAAAGUUACAUCGCCGCGUCGGGCGGCUACAACACGCACACGUCCCACCAGGGCUCCGUGAUUUGCGGCCAGAUCAGCCAAUGGGCGUCCGAGAUCGUGAUGGGGAAUAAGACGGUCUACGCGUCGCCUACAGCACGGCUAGCGGGCGGCGACGCGGCGACGGGAAGCUUCCGCGUGCUGCAGGUGCCUCCCAACACGUGGCACAUGGGGAUCAGCGUGGGCGAAUACCGGAUGGAGGCGGCGUGCGACGGCGAGCUGGUGUGGCGACGGAGCAGCUGGAUGCCCGCGACGACGGCCAAGGGGCCCGUGCGACCGCUGCGACAUUUGCUAGCGGGUCUGGACCCGCCGACGGUGGCGGACGUGUUUGCGGCGGGGGAGUACGCGGGUGACGAGAGCGUGGAGGGCGACGAGUGCAUGUGCCUCAAGGUGAUGGCCAACCCGCUCGCGCUCAUGUCCAUGAGCACGGGCGGCAACACCAUGGGCGGGCGGCAGCAGGACACGUGCGACGUGCUGGCAUACCAGGUGGAGGGGCUCUUCAGCAAGGCGUCGGGGCUCCUCGUGGGCCUCAGGGACCACCACCUCACCAAAACCAAGACAACAAGCAACACCACCAUCUACUGGGAGCGAGUGAUGGUGACUCGAGUAGAGGACUUCCAACCAAGUGAGGGCGGCCUGCUCAUUCCUCGUCGUGGCCGCUCCGUGCUCUCCCUAGCCAAGAGGUGUGAUGAUGACCCAUCUGGCACCAUGCGUGCAUGGGUGAGGGAGCAAUGGACUGUCGAAUCUGUAGGUCGGGACACUUCCUCCAUCAAAGGGCUGCUAGUACGGCCGUCGGACCUGAUUAUAGCAUCAAGCUCUGCCUCCCUUCACAGAGGCUAACAGCAUGGCUCUUGUUACCCUGGAGAAGUACGAUUGCUAGGUAUUAACAUUCAUUUUGUUGUAGAACAUUAGCUUUUAGAGGUGAAAGCUGUGCUUUUAGGUAAUUCUGUACAAGUUUGUGUGCAUGCACACAACUGGUAGCAGUAGUUGCAGUACAAGAGUAAGGUGUUGAUCUGAUGUACUGGGCAAUGAAGGUUCCAAGCCCCA